CCCCGGAGCCGGCCUCGGCGCGCCGGAGCGCUUCUCCUUCCGGGGCGGCCUGCUGGGCCUCAUGGAGGCUGCUCGGCCAGACAGCGGCGAAAGAGGGGCGGCGGCGGUGGCGGCGGCGCGAGCGGAGGAGCGGCCGGCGCCCGAGGCCAGGGUGCACUUCCGAGUAACCCGGUUUAUCAUGGAGGCAGGCGUCAAGCUAGGCAUGCAGUCCAUCCCCAUCGCCACCGCGUGCACCAUUUACCAUAAGUUCUUCUGCGAGAUCAACCUGGACGCUUAUGACCUCUACCUGGUCGCCAUGUCUUCCAUUUACUUGGCCGGCAAAGUGGAGGAGCAACACUUGCGUACACGUGACAUCAUCAACGUGUCACACAGGUACUUUAACCCGGGCAGCGAGCCGUUGGAGCUGGAUUCCCGAUUCUGGGAGCUGCGAGACAGCAUUGUGCAAUGUGAGCUGCUUAUGCUACGGGUUUUGCGCUUCCAGGUCUCUUUCCAGCACCCACACAAGUACCUGCUGCACUACUUGAUUUCCCUCAAGAACUGGCUGAAUCGUUACAGCUGGCAGCGAACCCCCAUCUCUGUUACAGCCUGGGCCCUGCUACGAGAUAGCUACCAUGGGGGGCUGUGCCUCCGCUUCCAGGCUCAGCACCUGGCCGUGGCAGUGCUCUACCUGGCCCUGCAGGUCUAUGGAGUCGAGGUGCCUGCAGAGGGUGAGGCUGAGAAGCCUUGGUGGCAAGUGUUUAGUGACGACCUUACCAAGCCAAUCAUUGACAAUAUUGUGUCUGAUCUCAUUCAGAUUUAUACCAUGGAUACAGAGCUCCCUUAAGGCCCUGGCUGAGGCCCGACCAAAGACCAGGGAUAUUGGCAGCCCGGGUAUGGUGCCAAGUUGCUGUGGUGGCAGGUCUCAGCUGUCAUUUUGUUCCCAGCAGCCCUUGUCCAAAUAAUGCCAAGAGCCUCCAUGUGGGCAGGACACAUUCAGCUUCCUAGACGUGGCAUGUUAUCAGCCUUUGCCCUUUGAGAAGAUGCUGCGUUGCGUUUGAGGCAUGGACCAUUGCAAUUGAGGUGUGAGGUCACCAACUGGAAAGUUAAAGAAUAGAUGGGACUGUACCCUUAGGAGUCUUUAAAAACCGGAUUUGGAGAAGUAUGGAUGUAUAAUAUGGAAUCUUAUUUUGUUUAAUAAAAAUUAUGCAAAUAAAAUAUGGGAAAAGUUUAAUGCA